AUGUCUCCUUAAGCUCUGUCUUCUGAUAAUUAUGAUUUAGAAAAAAAUGAUGUUUGGUCAGCAGGAGUUCUUCUAUAUGAAAUGGUUUUUUAAAAAAUACCUUGGAAAGUAGAUCAUAAUGAAAACGAUUAAUAAUUAUCUUUAUAAUAAUUAAUUAAUGUUAUUAUUUAAAAUGAGAUUAACUUUGAAUAUUUAAUUAAACUUAUGCUAGAUCAAGAUGAGGAAAGUAGAGUUGAUUGGGAUGAUAUCAAUAAUAAAGGAAUUAUAGUUAAUAGUUUUGAUGAAACAAUUAGAUAGGAGAUUUUUUCGGUUUUAGAUAUUGAAGGAUCCCAAACUUUAAAUUUAGAUUAAAUGGUUGAAAUAUUUAAGAAAUAUAAUAUUCAACUUGAAAAAAAUGACUUAAAUAAGCUUUAUAAAGUUGGAAAAAAUUAAGAAAAAUAUGAAAAAUACUUAAAAUUAAUCACUUUAGAUGAUCUUAAUACACGUAUUUCUGAAAAGUUAAGAUUAAGUAACACACCAUUCGUUAUCGAAAAUUUCGUCAUCAGUUUAUUAACAGAAAUUAAUAAUCAUCAUAAUAAUUGA